GCGGCGUGCGGCUCCAGCAGAUCUCAGUGACACCACGCAGCACGCGGAGGACUUUGCAGAUUGAACAGAGAUCUUUAUUUAAACUCUGUCACUGAAACAAAAACAAAGAGAAGCAGGAGAAGAAGAAGGAGUAAAGGAAGCAGGAGAAGGAGAAGAAGAAGUGUCGGGAGAGAGGAGGAGGAGGAGGAAUAUCCCCCAAAACGCAACACGUAUCCGGUGGAUCCAGAGAGAGAGAGAAGCGGCUGGAGCAGGAGAAGAAGAAGGAGAAGAAGGAGAAGAGGAAGAAGAAGAGGGGGAGACAUUUGACAUUUUAACGCGUUUUUUCACUGAAUCGUUCAGAGGAAUAAUGAGGAACGUUUGGAUAAUUUUGACCCUCGGCCUCGCUGCCGUCCUCUCCGGGGAAAGGAUAGCAGAAGCAGCCAAGUCGUCCUCUCAGGCUGAUGACUUGUACCUGGAUGACACAGGCUCAGGAGGUUAUUACCCUGAAGAUGAUGACGACUUUAACUCAGGGUCUGGCUCAGGAGUGGGUGAAGAAGAUGUGAAGGAAACGGUGACCAUCAGCGCGGUUUACUUCGAGCCCAACGCGGCACAGCCCACCGUGGACUCCACCAAAGAUUUCACUCCCAGGGUGGACUCGGCUACGGUCAGAGAAAAGACACGCGACAGCACGCCCAGGAAACCAUUCAGAACAGAGGCACCAGUGCCAGUUACAGAGGACAUGCAGAAGAUCACCAGUACGACCAGUGCCCCCGACUCACCCCUGCAGCCCGUGGAGGUUCACACUGAAAACCUCUUCCAGAGGACAGAGGUGUUGGCAGCUGUUAUCGCAGGCGGCGUGAUCGGCUUCCUGUUCGCCAUCUUCCUCAUCCUCCUGCUCGUCUACCGCAUGAGGAAGAAGGACGAGGGCAGCUACGACCUGGGCGAGAGGAAACCCUCCGGCGCAGCCUAUCAGAAGGCCCCGACCAAGGAGUUUUAUGCAUAAGGUCCCGCCCCCCCACCUCCCAUCACCACAUUGACAAAUCUCAAGUGACUGUUGAAAAAAAAGAAAAGAAAAACGCAGUCCACAACAACAACAACAACACAAAUCUCUUCGCACACAGCAAGAAACGACAAAAACAAUUGUUUUCAAAGUUGAUUAUGGAAAAAUAGCUUAAAGGAAAAGCUUUUGCAUAGAGUAUUGUAGGUGAGACCUUUUCUUUCUUCUUUUUAAAAAAAAAAUGAAAACCAAGCAUUUCUCAUUUUAUGGCAAAUCUCAGUGUAUUUAAACAUUUUGUGUAUUAUUUGAAAAAGGCUGGAAAAAAAAUCAUAAAAACAGGAUCUGUUAAAAGGCGACGAGGCCGAAGGAGCAGUUUUUAGUCGCUGACUACUUUUAACUGUAGCAGUGUGUUAUUUGUAAAGAAAAACAAUUUAAAAGUGGAGAUAAUUGAAAGAUAAUUAUCCUGUAUCAAUCCUACGUUCAAUUUUUUUGUUUCUUUUUAUUUUGUCCUAGCAUGUCUGAUGUUAAUCUCUAAAGGUGUACUACAUUAAUUUAUCUUUUCUCUGAUGUUAAAAAAAAAAAAAUUGCCUUUGUAGUUUUGAUGAAGCUUUUUGAUCUUCAUAUUAACGCUGUUAAUGGUCAAUGUAAAUGUUUCUCCCCUUCAGGUUACAGUGUUUAUUGCUCUCACAUCCGUUUUUUUUGUUUUUGUUUUUGUUUUUUAGUCGAACGUGAGCGUUUCAUUUUGUCUGGUUGAUUUUGUCCGUCUCUUCUCGGUGUAGCCUUUCUUUUUUCUCGACAGCGUUUUUAUUUUCAUAACCAGGAAUCGGUCUUUACAAAAAAAGAAAGGAAAAAUAAUAAUGUGUCAGGGCUCGAUGAAUAAUCACAAACCUUGUUUCUCUUCUUUUCUAUUUAAAUGCAUUCUCUCUCUUUCUCUUUUUCUCUCUCUCUUUCUCUGACAUUGCACAUUCACUGCUUUGCUUCCCUCUGCCAUCGAGCAGCUUUGCGUGUGUCAAGCGUUUUUCGGGGGUGAUGUUUUCCUCUCCGUGGCUUCUGGUGUUUUUCCGGCCCAGAGCCACCGACGUCCUCAGCGUGUCCCUUCAGUUAACUGACUGCACCAGAACUCUGCUAACACCCCCACCCCCCCCCACCCCUGUCUCUUUCCCUCUGUUUACCAUCCCUCACUCCCACCCUCUUUUUAAUCAGACUUGAGAAGGGCCCAGGUCCCACCCUCUUCCACCACCAAUCUCUUUUUCUCAUUCCCUAACCCCCACCUCCCUUUCUCCCCGGGCAGCCUGGUGCUAUUGUCCGACUCCCAGUGUUUUGACGGUUUUAGGCCCAGAGACCUGCUCGGUGAAGUCCUGCUGCUGCUCGGCCACCAACAAGCAAGACACAUACAGUUUCUCUACAGCAAACAACCCCAGAACCCCCCCCCCCCUGCCCCCCCACCCACCAACCCACCUACCCUUACCUCUAGAAAUCAAGUUUCUCAGUGGGUUGGAUGAAUCCGGCUCACAUUGAGGACUUUUCUUGGUCCGUGCAGGCAUUUCAAAAUAGCAUUUGGUAAAAGAUGGGUUGUCGUUUUGAUGCAAAAGACACGGCCACAAAAUGGUAGAAUUGUAGCAACGCCAAUUAAAUACAAAGGUAAAUGUCUUUUCCUCUUUUCGUUAACGUCCACUCACUUGCUCUGAGGAGACUCGUGUGUUUAGUCCUCAGCAGGUUUGUGAAGUUGCCUUUUCUCAGCUCUACAGUAACGUGAAGUAGUUGCUGUUAAAUUGUCCAAACUCCCGACACCACCCACAUGCAGCUGUUGGUCCCUCUACCUCUCCAUCCCUCAUGUUCCUUCCAUCCUCCUUCCCCCCCGACCCCCAUGUCUGUUCUCCUUUCUUGUCACAGGACCUAAGGUACUGAACUACUCUGAAAAACCCAAAGACUCACAGUAUUUCCACCGACACUUUCUCCCCUCCACCAGGGCCACAUCAUUUUGUUUCCCCACUCUCUCUCUUCUUUCAUCACCCCUUCAUGGUUUUUCUUUCCUCUUUCUCUCUUUAUUAGAGAUCUGACCUUUGAGUCCAAUCGCUUAUUAGUAUAUGAAAAGAUAUAUAAAUAUAUAUAAAUGUAUAUUCACAAAUGUUUUAAACCUUCAAAGUGCCUACCAUUUGGAAAUGUACUUGCUCGGGGUGAGCAUGUGGCGGGUGUGUACACAAAGGAGGGGUGUAAACGACUUGACUGGCAUUCUGUGAGCAUGGAUGACUGUAAUGGUAACUUUUUUUUUAGUCUUACAAAAGCUGACAGUAUUGUACCUAUAAAUUGAAACAACACUACUGAAUAAACAUUGUGGCCUAAUACCA